CUCUCUCUCUCUACCCCUCUACCCCAAAAGCGGACUGUACGACAGCAGCGCGCGGACACACGCAGGACAUCAGUCAACUGGCUCCGCUAUGGAUGCAGAAGGAGAUCAGAGUGAAUAGGAUAUUCAGCGAAGUUUCACACCAGAACGGUGCUGAAACCUCCGGCAGGCUCCCCUUUAACAUUAACGUGAUAUUUAGCGCUCUUUAACGUUUCCGUAAAGGAUAUUCAGUCUUAACACGGCCGGAGGAUACUUGCGAUUUGUUUUUAACCACGUUUUUUUCUCGUCUGCGGCGUUUUGGAGAAGGAAUUUAUUUGGGACAUCGUCAAAAAUGCUGCUGUCCAAGUUUGGAUCUUUUUCUCACAUUUGCAGCUCCACUAACAUUGACCACUUACCAGUGAAAAUUCAACUCCAAGCAGCUAAAGCCGAACGGGAGCCGUUUGACAAGCUCUACCAUGUGGGCUCGGUGCUGGGCAGCGGAGGUUUCGGCACGGUGUACGCCGGCAGUCGGCUCGCGGACGGUCUGCCGGUCGCCAUCAAACACGUGGCCAAGGAGAGAAUCACCGAGUGGGGCACGAUAAACGGCUCCCUUGUUCCUCUGGAGGUUCUCCUGCUGAAGAAAGUGGGGAGCACCUUUCAGGGGGUCGUUAAACUGAUCGACUGGUAUGAGAGACCUGAUGGCUGGCUGAUCAUCAUGGAGCGGCCGGAGAUGGUGAAGGAUUUGUUUGACUACAUAACCGAGAAGGGUGCGCUGGAUGAGGACGCGGCCCGCGGCUUCUUCGGCCAGGUGCUGGAGGCUGUGCGGCAUUGCUACAGCUGCGGGGUCGUUCACCGGGACAUCAAAGACGAGAACCUCCUAGUGGACUUACGCACAGGAGACCUGAAGCUCAUUGACUUCGGCUCGGGGGCGAUUCUCAAGGACACCGUGUACACUGACUUCGAUGGUACAAGAGUGUACAGCCCCCCAGAGUGGAUUCGCUACCAUAGGUACCAUGGACGCUCAGCAACAGUGUGGUCACUGGGUGUGUUGCUUUAUGAUAUGGUAUGUGGGGACAUACCGUUUGAACACGAUGAGGAGAUUCUCAAGGGCCGUCUUUUCUUCAGGAAGAGAAUCUCCCCUGAGUGUCAGCAUCUCAUCAAAUGGUGCCUCUGCCUGCGGCCCUCAGACAGACCUACACUGGAACAAAUAUUUGAGCAUCAGUGGAUGCGUACAGAGAAAGACUCUAAUCCAGAGAAAGGGGACAUCACUCUUCUUGUGCUCAGUGCAGACUCGUCAUCAAGCACAAGUUCAAGCAAAGAGAGCCUCUGACGGCAAUGGAUAUAUAUACUGACUGAUCAUUCACAAUGCAAAAUUAAUUGCCGGGACUUCUUUAAGUUACUUUAAUUUAUUUUUUGGUCUUUUUCAUUUCAAAGGGAUGGAUUUUUCAUGGGCAUUGUAUAAGCAGUGAUGCUAGCAACCCUAUGGUCAUACUUGUUGCUCUUAUAGAGCUUAGACUUGGACUUUACUUAUUAAACUAUUAGUUCAGUGCCUUUUUUCUCCCCCCAGAAAGCUGCUUUUGUGGGACCUACAUUCUUUUUAUGAGGUCUGUCUCUCUUGCCCCCUUGUGGUGGAAUUUCCUCUUAACAGGCGCGCACACAUAAUACCGUCGACUCCUGAGCAUGUACUCAAAGCGGAGGGUCGCAGAACUCCUUCAGUGUUCAUGCUGUUUCCACAUAUUGGCCUUUGGUUACCAGAUACUUGGGUGAUGUGCACAAUCAAUGCAAUAUUCAUGGGUUAUAGGUUUUUGAAUACAAGUAUGUGUUGUAUUUAAGUAUUUUCUCUCCCAUGUAUAUUAUUUAUUCAUACAAACAUUCCACAGUAUGUGGCUAUUUAUUUAUUUAUUUAUUCAUUUUAUACCAUCUGCAAAAAGGAAAGAAGACUAGAGUUGAUGCCCCUGGCUUAUUUGUAGCUCAAUCUAAAGGCUUACAGGUGAGCUAAGCCUGACUAAUGCUGAUAUACAUUUAGGUGGGACUGAGUUGCUUAAGUGAGUCCAUUCUAAUGUAACAUGGCUCUAGAAGUUGUCAUCUUCCAUACUAGAUGGAAGUAGCGUCCUAGUUUGUCCUACUUCCACUGUGACUGUGGAAUUCUUUUUGCAUUUGUAAACAAUGCUGAGUUUAUUUUUUAUAACAAUAAAUUCCUAUAAUAUGAAA